AUGAAUUAUUAAAAAUUUCGUUAAAAUGUAGAUUUCUACUUAAAGCCUCAUAAAGAAAAACUGGAAAGUCCAAAAGAAAAAUCAUUUGUAUCUCCAAUUAGGAUAAAAACCUAAUUUAGUAAUUAAGAAUCAGGAAACAAAUAGAAACCAAUUCCAAUUUCAAAUAUGAUGGAGAGGAUUAAUAGAGUUAUUUUAGAUUAGAGAGUCAAAUCUCCUAUAACUACUUAGAGGAAAGUAGAAUAAUAAAAUAAGGAAAAUCAUAUGGAAUGUUUUUUAAAGAGACAGGGUUGUUUAACCAAUUAUUAUAAAUAAAAAUGAG